GUUCCUUAAGACAGGAGUACCUGCUGCUUGUGAGCGGCUCUCUAAAUCGGUAUUGCGCCGCACAGUGCAAGAAUGUAAUUCCAGCGAGCGCGCACUCUUUAUUACGCUCAGGCAUGGCAAACUUUGGCGAGACCCGCCGCUCGGCGUUCGGGCGCGCGCAUGCAGCGCAGCAUUACGCGACAACCUUGCUCGGCCUCAAUGCGGCUGACCGGCACCGCAAGCUAGUGAACGAUUACUUGACAUAUUAUGCUCGAGGAGUACCAGGGCAGCCGGGUGGUCCACCAGCUGGGGAAGCCAAAGCGGUGCGCACGGACGCGGAUGCUUUGCGUGAGCACCACCGCUUCAUCCGCACAGAGGAGGAUGACGGUGACCAUGGCUGGGAGGCGCGCCUGGCGAAGCGCUACUAUGACCGGCUCUUCAAGGAGUAUGCCAUUGUGGACCUGAGCUUCUACAAGGAGAGCCGACUGGGCAUGCGAUGGCGCACGCAGAAGGAAGUGGUGUCGGGCAAGGGACAGUUCGUGUGUGGCGCCAAGGGCUGCGAGGCCUCAGACGGCCUGUGCAGCUACGAGGUCAACUUCGCCUACCAGGAGGCGGGCGAGCGCAAGCAGGCGCUGGUCAAGCUGCGGGUGUGCCCUGCCUGCGCCUUCAAGCUCAAUUACAGGAAGGAGAAGCAGGUGCAGAAGGCGGCAGACGCGGCGGCGGCCCGCAAGCGCAAGCGCGAGCGUGAGGAGGCGGCGGCGCUGGAGACGGCUGACCCGCUGGUACGGGAGGCGCUGCAGUACGUGAAGCGCUAUGCAGCAGGCGACAAGGCGGCAGGCGAGGGUGCAGCAGGGGAGGGUGGGCUUGGCGAGGAGGACCUUCUGCGUGCGGCACGCGACGUGGCGCCACCCCCUGCAGCAGCUGCGGGCGGCGGCAGUGGGCCCGCAGGCGCUGGUGGUGCAGCGGGGGUGGGGCAGGCGCCGGCCAUAAUUACGCUGCCUGCGGACAACAGCGUGUGGGAGAGCAAGCCUGCGCAGGAGACGGCCACAGCGGAAGAGGAGAUGGAUGCGUAUUUUGAGGGUUUAUUCAUGUGACAGAGAAGUAAUGGCGGCGCAAGUUUGACGGCGGAUUGGGAGUGUGGGCUAGAGCCGAGCUGGAAAAGGCCUAGUAUGUACCUAUCUGGGAUACGUCCAGUACUUACGAGGCGGCACUGUGAUGGACCUCAAUGAUGAUGGGACCGUAUGCUUUGGAGGAGCAGGAGAACAGCAAGCAACAAGUCCAGCUGCAUGUUGAAGGGCAUCAAAAGUACAUGAGUAGUCGCGCUGUAACAGUUGCAAUGGGUAGGUGGCUGGCUCGAAGCUUGCCCCCAUGUAGGCGUAUCCCGCGUGGCACGACCG